AUGGUCAGCAUUUUGAUCCAUGGACUGAAGAAAGGCCCGUUCACAUCAGCGCUCGCACGCGACCCCCCAAUUGAUGUAGAGCGUCUGAUGGCUUUGGCCCAGAAGUACAUCGAUGAAGAAGAAAUGAACGCUAUGAAAGAUGCUGAGCGAAGGGAACGCGAACAGACGUACAAGAGGCCGUAUGAUGCUAAAGGGAGCAGUGGGAAUAAGACUAAGAAUGAUGGACCGAGAGAGCCAAAAUACCAACCUAAAUAUCACAAUUACACUCCGCUAACCAUGACACGCGAGAGAGCCCUGAUGAUGGUAGAAAAUGCAGAUGUGCUGAAAUGGCCGAGGCAUACCAGGUAUACGCCCUCCAAAAAAUUCUCUAACAAGUACUGCAGGUUCCAUCGUGAAAGGGGUCACGACAUGGAGAAAUGCUUCCAGCUGAAAGAUGAGAUAGAAAGGUUAGCACGGCAGGGAUAUUUCUGCGAUCAAAUCGUCAGCGGAUGUAAGGCCCAUAAAGACAGAGUGAGGAAUCGGUCGAGAAGCAGAGAUCGCAACCCCGAUCCUCCCAAAACUGACAAAGCUCCGGCGAACUGGAGCAAUGAACCGACCAAAGGGGUUAUAUAUACGAUUGCAGGGGGUCUGAGUGCAGGAGAUUCACAGAGAACCAGGAAGAGAUGCGCAAGAGUCCUAGGAUCGAGCCGAGAAAGGGAGUUCGUACUAAAGGUAGAAGAAGAGGAGGCCAUCUCCUUUGACAGUUCGGAUAGGCUGGUGGACGGUGGGGAUAUGAACGAUCCGAUGGUCAUCAAGCUUGACAUAGCGAACUUCACUGUUCACAAGGUGUUGAUAGAUAGUGGGAGUUCUGCAGAUAUCAUCUUCAAAAGCGUGGUCGAUAAGAUGGGUCUAGAGAAUUCCCGUCUGGAACCUAUGAAGAUUCCCCUAAUCGGUUUUGGAGGGAGCGAAGUAGCCUCGCUGCGAAUGAUCAAGAUCCCUGUAUCCAUAGGUGAUGAACCGAAGCAGAAGACCCUGAUGGUUAAAUUUUUGGUAGUGGAUACCCCGUUCGCUUAUAAUGUCAUCCUAGGCAGACCCAGCCUAAAUUCGUUCCGAGCAGUCAUCUCUACGUAUCAUAUGAAGCUUAAUUUCCACACGGAGAAUGGAGUGGGAGAGGUAACUUGCGACUAG